CGAUCAAAUACUAUUUACGUUUUUUAAUGUGACUUAAUAACCUAAAAAUUAAAAUAAAUAUUGUAAACAUUACAAGUAACAACAAUUUAUGUGUAUUACGUAUCUUAAUUUGUGACUAAAUUAAAUGAAAUCCGUAAAUGUGUAGAAAGUUUUUUCACUGUUGGGUGUAUAUAAAACUCAAAAAUAAAGAAACAAUUAAUUCGUGAUGUGCAUUUUUGCCCCCAAAAUAUCAACUAGAAGUUCUGCGGAUUUACAAAGCUAAACAAUGUCGAAACAAGCUACAGCACAGGUUACUACAGAGGGUUUAAUACUCAGCGGCUAUCAGAAGAAAUUAAAGACUAUGAAGAAAAAAUUUUUUGCACUAUAUAAGGAGACACCUUGCAGUGUAGCUCGCUUAGAAUACUAUGAUAACGAAAAAAAAUUCAAAUCAGGAAUGGCUCCCAAACGUGUAAUAAAAAUUAAAAACUGCUUUAAUAUAAACAGACGAUUUGACACCAAAUAUGAGUUCGUUGUUGCACUUUCAACAAAAGAUGGUGGAUUUGGAAUAGUUUUAGAAACUGAAAAGGAAAUGUUCAAGUGGUUAGAUUUACUUCUUUCAAUACAACACAAGGACUCGAACAUGUCUGAUCCAUAUCGGCCUACUUUUGAACAUGUGUGGCAAGUUAUAGUGCAAAAGAAAGGUUUAGCUGAAAGCAAAGGAAUUGUUGGAAAUUAUCACGUUUGUUUAACAUCAAAAUCAAUUACGUUUAUUCGUAUUGGUCCAGAAAAAACGCAAGUUGAUGACUUUAGAAUUGAUAAUAUAGAAUUUAUGUUAACAACAAUUCGAAGGUGUGGAGAUUCACAAUGUUUCUUUUACAUGGAGGUGGGACGUCAAAGUGUAAUUGGACCAGGUGAACUUUGGAUGCAAACAGAAGACUCGUUAACAGCAAAAAAUAUGCACCGCAUGAUUUUUAGUGCAAUGUCAACAAAAAAUGAAUCUAAUAUUGAGCCAAUGAGAAAAAGGUCAUCUUCAGCAAAUGAAGCAUCUAAACCAAUAAAUGUUUUGCAAAGACGAUCAACUCAACCUGAAAAUAAAAUUAAUAGUUCUCCACAGUCAACAAUAUGUUACGGAAGAGAACGUUGUGAUAGCUUGCCAUCUAGAAAUCGAACCUCAAGUGAAUGCAGUAACCAGAGCUUACCAGUAUCCUCAAGUGUUAAUAUCCGUAAUGUUUCGUCCGGUUUUCGAACGCAUUCAUAUCAGCGCCAUAGCAACAGUCCCCCAGUUUCCUAUAAUGUUGGAUAUUCAGAAAGUGAAGAAUCUUCAAUAAGCAUAGACGAGCCAGAUGAUAACGGAAGUUUUUUAUCCUUUAGAUUUCCAUCUCGGUCCUCGGAUGGAGUAAUUCUGGAAGAAAACUCAGAUGAAGUGGUUUCAUCCGAAAAUAAAUCAGAAUUCUCUGAAAAGGCAGUUGUUGCUAAAAAUGUACAACAAAGUUUACAAACUAAUAAUCAAAAUAAUUAUGAUGAAAGUUAUAUAUCUAUGACUUCAAAAAAUACAGACAAAAGUCAAGAAAAUAGUUCCUUAAGGUCAGAUACUGAAUUUAAUGAAUUUACUUCAGAUGCUACUCCAACAUUUAAUAUAAUGGAAAGAUCGGACCGUCCAACUCGUACAUAUUCAAUUGGAAGUAAAGUUGACCACAACAAAUUAAAAAAACGCUUUGCAUAUAACAAUGAUGCAGAACAGAACUUUUACCGUGCGCGAGCAUUUUCUGUUGGAUCACGUGCCAAAAUUCCUCGUAGUGAUUUACAGCAAGAUGUACUGUUACCGAAAUCUGUGAUUGAACCCAAUUUUAAUAGCAACAACAAUAUUUGUAAUGAAGCCACUACAUACAAUCAGUUUUUAAAUGUUAAUAUGCGGCGCGAAAAAAAAUCUACGAGCGCACCUCUUCUUAUACAUAAAAGCCAAAAUUCCGAUGAUAGAAUGGGUGAUCUAAUGGAACUAGACUUUUCAAAGACUUUAAAUAGUAGAAUGAACACGCUAGACACCUUAGAUACUCUAUCACAAAAAAAUUGGGAAGAUACCAAAACAAAAAACUUAAGUUCUUGUACAACAUCCUAUCAAAUGUCGCCAAAAUCUAUUCCUUCAACUGAUAAUGGCUAUUUAGAAAUGAAACCUCUAGGUAGCUCAUUUGUGAGUUCGCUUGCCGGUGUUUUAAAGAAUGAUAGUUGUACUGCUACAUCUAACGAAAGUUUAGUAAAAACCGUCAAGAAUGCAAUAACGGAAGAGAAUCAAAAUAUGCUAGUUUCUAAUACGCAAUCGUCUGCCUUUAUUACACAAAACAAAGUAUCAGAUACGAAAAAUAUUAAUAGUCAAAAUAAUCUCGAUAUAUCAACAUCAUAUAACGAGAAUAAAAGUACAUUGCAGAAUCCAUAUGAGAAGGAUCAAAAAAAUGCUACCUGUUCUUAUAAUAUAUCUCAAAAAGAUGAACAAAAACCUGAAACAGCGGACACAAUAAAUCCUUCAAUUGUGAACGAAAUUGAAAGGCGACUUUCCUCAAAAUUGGGUCAUCUUUCGCUAGACUCUCAAUACUAUAAAUUAAAAAUGGAUUGGGCAAAUUUUCAUAAAAAAUUACAAACGGUAGAACAUAUUACAUCACCUAGUUUUGUAAGUAAACCAAAUGAUUUUAGUAAAAAAGAUACUCACGGGAAUUGGAAACUCGCGCAUUCUGUUAGUGGGGAGGAUAAUGAAUUUAAAAAUUCGAAAAAUGAAUUAAAUAAAUUAAGUGGUUAUAAAAUACUUCAUAUCAAAAGUGAUAGCUCGUUACAGUCACAUAAAGUACCUAACCGCUCAGAUAUUGAAGGUCAACAACGACACAUUAAUCAAAUAAGAGGUAGAGCCUCAAACUGUACUUCCUUAUCAUCUUCAUCAUCUUCGUCUUCGACCAUUUGUGGAAGUGCAUCUUCAUCCACCACAUGUUUAAAUAAUGUAAUAGUAAAUAAACCAGGCGUCAAUAACAAAAAAGAACUUAAUUGUCCUACAAAUUUGGUUAAUACAAAUACACAAGCCAAAGCAAACUCUAAAAUUACUUCUAGACCGCCUUCAGCUAAUCUGGAACAUGAACUUUACUAUGCAACUUUAGAUUUGCCACAAAAUAGCACAGACGUUAAGGCAAAACUCUAUACAGUUGGAGCAGAGAAUCAGAAUUUUCCAGCUAACCCUGUUUUAAGUGAAACUAAUACUUAUGCCAAAAUUGAUUUUGAUCAUUCUGACUCCUCAUCUACAUCUUCAAAAAUAUUUGACAUUUAAAUUAAUAUUUAACUGUAAAUUA